AUGGGAUUUUGAUUUUUGAUAUUGAUUUUUUAAUAUAAUGAAAAGUAGUUUGAAUUAAUUGUUGCGCAUGCUCAGCGCUGAAUCAGCUGUCAAAAUUUAUUCAAAAGUUUUAACAUGAUAAAUUAAAUUCUAGGAUUAUAUUGAUUUAUUAAAUUUUUUUAAUCAAUCUAUGCAUAGAAAGAAGUGAAAAAUGGGAACAGAAGAUGUGACAGAAGUUAAAAAACCUCAGCCGAUUUUUAAAAAUCCAGAAUUUCAACAAAAAUUUCGUCCUAUAACUGUAUCAGGUAAAAAAAGAACUUGGCGGUCGCUGAAACAAGUUUUGGCUCAGGAAAAAAGCCUACCAUGGCCGCCUGAAUUUGUUCAUUAUAGUUCAAUAAAUGCACCACCGAGUUUUCGACCAGCUAAAAAGUACUCAGAUAUAUCAGGAUUACAGGCAAAAUAUACAGAUCCACAAACAAAAUUGUAUUAUGCGACUGCGGAAGAAUUUGCAACAGUACGAAGUUUACCAAUGGAUAUUACUGCUGGGUAUUUAGCACUAAGAGGAGCUUCUAGUAUAGUUGGUUAAUUAAAAAUUGAAAUAUUUAUAUUUUAUACCUAAAUAAAAUAAAGAAAUUACAAAUUAUUGAA